AUGGGCGCAAGGCAUUCGAACCUCGAUAUAAGGACGAAUGAGGAUAAGGGUGGCGCAGAAGCGGUUGUGCACGCUGCCCAUCAGGCUGCAUCUUGGCGCAGCCUGACCGUGCAGAGCGAUGUCGGAAACAGAAAGGAAUUUGCUCCUGACAUCAGGACUCCGUUGCAAGGUCACCAUUGGUGCAUGUGGAAUAUUGCACGCCUUGCGGUGGUCAUAACUCAACCUGCUUGUCCGAAGCCGGAUCCAGGGUCGACAGAACGUGGGCUGCUCUCGGAGGUGAGCGCAGAUGCAGAACUUCCCCCAAAACGCCUCCCUGGAACCCCGACUCAGCCAUUGACAUGUUGCCGAGCCUGCCCGAGGAACCGAACGCGACGUCCUCGUGACACAGAAGAGAAAGAGCAGCCCGGAAGGUGCCAACGCCUUACGGAUUCCCAAGGCCAGACGCUUGGUCGUUCUUACAUUGUUUCUCCAACAGCACUCUCUGGACUUUCAGCAAGUGCCAGCGAUGAUCAUCACAGCAACCCUCAUUGUUUCUUUCUUGCUCUCAAGCUCUCUUCGGCGCACAUCAUCCACACUGCGCUAUCGAUGAGCCGCGUGCAAAUCAUCAUGACUUCCGCAAGCGGCUAUCUCCGCAUCCUUCGAUAUUGUGCUCCUUUCACCAUUGUUGUCUGCGGAGCCUUUUCCGCUGCGGCAAUCGUGUUCUUUGUUCCACCGUCAAGACGAGCCACACUCAGCGCAUCGCAACGAGCGCUGUCGAAGCACUUCAUCGCGGCGAUAUGCUCCCUGCACUUUCUCGACGGACUCAUUCAGUCUUGCCAUGCGACAAUCGAAGCUGAUGCAGUAGCUCGGCCGGACUGUGUGGCAUACACGACUCUCAAUUUCUUGUUGUGGCUGGUCACCUACAUCAUCCAAGUCGACGCGAAACGGCUCUACUGGAUGUCGAACCUGGCAACAUGGACACUUGCCUUGUUUCUCGACACAGUGAUCACCCUCUCGACUUUCUCAUCAUAUCCUUCAAAUGUUUUUGAGUUUAUCCAGUUGUCCAUCGGCCUCCUUCGGAUCGUGUGCCUGGUUUUCCUCUGCGUUUCCAUCAUCGCGUCAGGCAAACCACGGCCACGGGAUGCUGAGAGUGAGCCUCUUUUGCAAGCAUCGCACGAAAGUCGAUCGAGCCAUUUGGAUGAUGAUCUGCAAGAUACCAAGCAGGAUGCAGACGGAGCCGACGAUACUCUGCCAACCUCAGAGCAACAAGAGCACAUCGAAAAGGUCGGUGGUUGGUGGGCUUAUCUGUGCGAGGUCAAAUUCCUGCUGCCAUAUGUGCUUCCUUUCAAAGACGCGCGACGUCAGAUCUACGCACUGGUCAUGGUUGUACUCAUGGUUGCCGGUAGGGUGGCUCAGCUGUUCGGUCCUCGACUUCUUGGCAACAUCGUCCAGGCGAUCAGUAACAACCACAACGAUAGCACGCUAUCUCACCAGAUUCUGAUUUAUAUAUUUGCAGUAAAGGUUCCUUACGACGUCCUGAUAGAACCCGCAAGGAAAUGGUUGAGUAUUAGACUCUUCUACGGUAGCUACCUCGACCUGCUUAUGUCACUUGCUUCGCAUGUCGCCGGCCUGUCAUACGCCUUCCACGAGAACAAGCAGACUGGGGAAAUUAUCGCCGCCAUUGGACAGGGUCAAGUUGUGAACCAGUUCGUGGACGACUUCGUGGAGUCCACUCUUCCACUAGUCCUCGACAUAGUGAUCGCGUUCGCCUACGUAACGUAUCUGUUCGAUGUCUAUGUGGCAUUGAUACUCACAGGCACUUACGUCUUCUACGGAAUAGUCACGUACAAGGGCACAGUUCUGUGUGCAGCUGCUCGCCGAAAGUACCGAGAAAUGUCGCGUGUCGAGUGGGACGUCCUCCACGAGGCUAUUGCAAACUGGAUGUCUACAUUCUAUCUCAACCGACAAGAGCAUCAGCAGAAUCGCCUCAAGAGUCUAAGUUUACAAGUGCUGGCUGAACAGGCGUAUAAUUACGACCUUACUGGGAUCAUGCGAACCUGUCAGACCUUGGUGGUUACCUUCGGGUAUCUGGCUGUCCUCCUUCGCACUGCGCACCUCACUACUCACACGAAAGAUGCCGUUGGAAACUUCGUCGCGCUCUUGUUCUAUUGGAGCUUCUUCAUCAAUCCACUGUUCAAGCUGGCGCACUUUUAUCACUCCCUAGUCCAGAUCCUUGUGGACGUCGAACGUUUGCGACAACUUAUGCAGACAGAACCAACCGUUUUCGACAACAAGGGAGCUCAGGAUCUCAUUUUCUACGAGGGCAAAGUAGAGUACCGUGAUGUGUCCUUCUCAUACGAUGGCAAGAACUCGGUAAUAAACAACCUCACUUUGACUAUCGAACCCGGUUCCACGGUCGCUUUUGUCGGCCAGUCCGGCAGUGGCAAGACCACAACGUGUGACAAGCUGCUCUUCCGGGCUUACGACGUAACCGAAGGGUCCAUCUCCAUCGAUAACCAAGACAUACGCGGCGUAACGCAAAAGAGUUUGCGAGAGACUGUUGGCAUCGUCCGGCAGGAGCCAGUCUUCAAUAACGACACCGUAAUGGAAAAUGUUAGGUACGCACGCUUAGACGCUACUGAUGCGGAGGUUGUAGCUGCUUGCAAGGAUGCCGCGAUCCAUGACCAGAUCAUGAGGUUUCCUAUGGCUUAUAACACGGUGGUCGGGGAACGAGGCGUGAAACUUUCAGGAGGUGAGCGACAGCGACUAGCAAUAGCACAGCUGUUCCUGCGCAAUCCGAGUAUUAUCGUUCUUGAUGAAGCUACGUCAAGUAUCGAUAAUGUUGCCGAAUCGGAAAUUCAAGAAUCUUUCCGCAGGAUUUGUCAGGGCCGCACGACUAUAGUUAUCGCUCAUCGGCUUUCAACGGUGCAACACGCUGAUCAGAUCUUUGUGAUGGACAAGGGAGCCAUUAUCGAACGCGGGACUCAUGAGGAGCUUCUUAACCAACGUGGGAAAUAUCUCCAGCUCUGGAGUAAGACACAGACAGUAAAGAAGCUAAAGAGUGAUUUGGAUCGGAUACAAUCGCAGGCUAGCGAAGAACACAACGAUUGCGGCCAUCCUACCUCAUUCGAGGAAAGCGAAUGCGAAGAUGAUAGCGAUUACCCGGCCGAUAUUAUGCAGGUCGAUGGGGCCGGUACCAGCAAGCAUAAUGACGAAGAACGUCCCAGAAUGCGACAGAGGAUGCGCAGUCUCAGAAAGAAGUUCAGAAUAAACGAUCGAGCCAGAGAAGGCGAUUGCAUGGACGAAUCUGACGAUGAAGAUGAGAACAUGGCGCCCAUUCGUGUCAUAUCACCCAGAACAACCGAAGCUAGUCCGCCACCUACAUUCUCGCGCCGUUCCUCUCUAUCUCUUAGACGACCAUCCCGCACCAGAAAGGCCAGCAUUACCUCUACAUCAGACUCGCCGAACAGGAAUCAGCUGCGCAUUUCAGCACCUAUGUCGCCUAUCCGUGUUCGGACGCAGGAGAUCUACGCUUUGCACGACCCUGUCGGCCUCCAACCAUUGCAGGGGCCCACACCACCCACACCUAAGCAACCUUCCCAUUCGUCCACACCGAGCCGCAUUCCCAUUAGUAAUUCGCCGCUGACAACACCCGUACGAAAUAGACAGAGCACAGCGCGCGAGACACAGCUACAGUCACCACAGUCCCCGGGACGCAAUGCGGCGUUGAGAAGUCACCCCGUCCUGAGGACCGAGGAAGAAGCUGACGGAUCUGAGACGACGUAUCACAUGGCUGGCAUGUCUCUUGAAAGUCAUGAACGCCCUGGUGAUGAUCCUAAAUUAACAGCACGAGAGCCAUGGUGCCUACGACAAUCGAAUUUUGGUGAUGUGGUGGAGGGGUACAAAACGGUGUGCACGGGUUUGGGCGCUUAUGCACGGCUUCAGGGGCAUGGGCGGAUUGAAAAUUCAGUAAUAUGA